UUGGGAGCAAAGUUGUAGAAAGAUUAAUAAUCGCUGGGCAUCCAUUGUGGCUGCGAUCGAUUUGACGCUAUCGCGAACCUUUGCGACUAUUGUAGACACUCGUUCAGCGACACUCUUACGACAUGCGACAAACUUUCAUGCGACAUUAUUACUCACGACAUGCGACACAACCUGUGCGACUAUUGUAGACGAGGCUUAACGCGUGCCGAUCGUCCGACUCGCGUCAAUACAUGAGACGAGGUGAGCACCGUGCGACAAUAACACGGUCAUCGGCGGUCGUAAACUUUACAAACAGCUGAUCGAUCAGCCGUUCGAUCCCCGAAGCCACUGAUAAGAAGGGGGGGUUUUUCUUUGUUCGGGCUUCUGGAAUCUUCCCUCUCGGAGGGAUAAAUAGCGCCCCGAAAUCGGGCGCCUUUUUUCCUCGAUCGAUCACACGUGCGAGAGUCUGUGUCGGUAGCGAUCCAUUUAUUGCAAAGUGUGUACAGUCGUUGUAUUUCGAAAUAAAGAUAAGUCUUGGUUCUCGAGUUAAUUCGCGACGUCUUGCUUUUUUCCGGGAGCUCUCUCGGGAUCGCGAACUGAGUCCUUCUGGCGCGCGGAAACACACGCAUUUGUAUUUUAUGAAAACUGCGGUACUCUUUAUUGGUAAAUAAAUUGUACGGCAGCGCGCGUGGGAAACUAGCGCGUCUUAUGGUUGGCAAUGCUUCUCACGCGCAACUUCAAACGAGACGCUACCGCGUCUCUUGAUUUGUGACAACUUCAUACUUGUGAUUGGCGCAACGACGAAAUAUCGCGUAAGUACUACACAACUUUUAAACAAAUAUUUCAUAGGAAAUGCUCACGAAUUUAAUGAUUAAAUAUAUUAUUGCGCUUGCGUGCAUCUCCUGAAAUGUCGGCCGGUUAUAGUUGCGCGGAUUAAUAUCAGUCGUUGAGCGAGGCGCGACAUGAGUAAAUUCAUGUCGCGCCUUUCAACGAUCAAUAUUGAUCGUCGUGGCUAAAGCUCGACCGAUAUUUCAGGAAAUGUAUGGAUGUAACAAUAUUUGGCGCGAAACGCUACCGCAUCUCUUGAUACCUAUACAAGUCUGGAAUAACAGGCUAUGCAUAAUAUUUAUAAAAUAUGGUACAAUUAAUUGUUUAUCUUUUGUAGAAGAAAUAACGGAGGCUACGGAAAAAAUGUUGUUGGAGGAUGAAGAGCCUACGACGCAGCAGUUGUUGCAACAACAAAAGCAACAACUGAGGCAACAACAACAACAACAACAACAACAACAAAUAUUGCAACUGCUGCAGCAGCAGUCACAACAUCAGACUCUCGUCGAGGCACAGGACGCGGGCGCGGACGGGCCCGUUGGUAUGCUCAACGGGGCCUUGAAAUGGGAUAUCGCGGCCGAGGUGGUCAAGAUGGUCGAGGAGGUCGAGGAGGUCGAGGAGGUCGAGGAGGAAAUACAAUAA